UGAUUGUUAAAGCAGGGAUUUUAUUAGGCGAGCCCUCCUACAUGGAAAGUUCUCAUAAGAGCGCGCAGCUCUGCAGGCGCCCGCUGAUGUUUUUGUAGAUGCUGAGGAACAACUCCUCUGUCAAAGCUGCAGCAGAUACCAAAGGGCAGCAGUAACGUCAGCACCAUGGCUCCAUCUACUAAAGUGCUGGACGGAGGCUGGGGAUGGGCGAUUGUUGUGGUCUCCUUCUUGGCCCAGCUCCUGGCCUAUGGUUCACCCCAGUCUGUGGGUGUCCUCUACCCCGAGUGGCUGCAUGCCUUCCAGGAGGGCAAGGGCAUGACAGCUUGGGUGGGCUCCCUUGUGGCUGGAGUGGGACUCAUAGCCAGUCCUGUCUGCAGCGCCUGUGUUGACAACUUUGGGGCUCGUCCUGUCACCAUCUUCAGUGGUGUAAUGGUGGCGGGUGGCCUGAUGCUCAGUGCCUUUGCUCCCAAUGUCCAGUUCCUUAUCUUUUCCUAUGGGAUCGUUGUUGGUCUGGGUUGUGGUCUUGUCUACGCAGCCACGUUGACCAUCACCUGUCAGUAUUUUGACAAGAGACGUGGCCUUGCCCUCGGCAUUGUCACCACAGGCACAAGUGUUGGAGCAUUCAUCUAUGCCACAGCUCAGAAUGAGCUGAUUGUGAUGUUUGGCCUGGACGGCUGCCUGCUAAUCAUUGGAGCUGUAGCACUAAACCUCAUGGCCUGCGCUGGAUUCAUGAGGCCCCUCAACAUGCCAGGGUACUACCUCAAACAGAAGGCCGCCCUGGAGCGCAACACAGAGGAGCAGCUUUUCGAAAAGCCCCCAUUGGAUGACCUGAAGAUCACAAUAGGCCCCACAGUAACCACUCCAGAAAAAACUCUGACAGUGAAGGAGUUGCUCAUCACUAUUGACUCCAAGGACUUGGCUGUUCAGACAGAAACAAAGAAAGGCCUGGCUGGGUUGGCAAUUAUGAAAGUUAUUAAAAAGAAGAAGCAGGCUUACUCCAAGUACAUGCACUCCAUGUAUGAGAUCUUGCAAGACCAAUCCAUGGUGGCCUUCUGUAUAGGUAUCUUCAUGUUUAGCCUGGGAGCGUUUCCUCCUGUGCUAUUCAUUGAAGAUGUAGCGCAGAGCGAGGGACUCAUUGAAGAAGUUAGUAUCAUUCCCCUGGUAUCGAUUGGGGCUAUUGCCACUUGUGUGGGCAAACUAGCCCUAGGUAUGCUGGUGGACAUCAGGUGGAUCAACGGCAUUUACCUGUAUGCCUUCACCAUGUUUGCAGGAGGCAUCUCGCUGCUCCUUAUCCCUUUUACUAAGAGUUAUGUGGGACUGCAGGUUCUGACUGCCAUCCUUGGUUUCUUCUCUGGAAACUGGUCUCUCACCUCCUACAUUACCACUCAAAUUGUUGGCUUGGACAGACUGACACAAGCCCAUGGCAUCCUCAUGUUCUUUGGGGGAUUUGGAAUCAUGCUUGGACCUCCUGUUGUAGGGUGGUUCUUUGACUGGACGCAAUCAUAUGACUUGGCUUUCUACUUUAGCGGGAGCUGUGUGGUGCUGGGAUCGUUCAUCCUCUUUGUGCUCACCCUUCCCUGCUGGAACAGGAAACACUCUGAGAACGACAGACCAGAUGUCCAUUACACCAGUAACUGUGAUAAAGUUGCUUCUGUAGCCUAAAUAUGAGUACAUUUCACAGAGAUUAAAAUCCCCAACCCCAGUACUGCCCAGUAACUGCCCCUCACCUCUGACUAUACAAGUCUUUCCCCUUAUAUUUGCUGCCAGGUUUUUAAUAUACCAAAAUACUUAACAUAGGUUUUGAAGGCCUAUCCUCUGUACUUUGCCUGCAUUUCUCAGGUCCGUACCACAUACUGCAGAUCUUUCUAAAGGUUUGACCCUAAUGCCUGUGUUGAUUUUAUAUUAUAGCCUCAUUUUUCGAGGUAAACUAAACAAUAUUGUUUAACUCCCGAACACUUGUGUUUAUAUAAACGCUGGUGUAACCUUCAUUGUAACUCUUGAGAGAAAACAUGGUGCUAUUCUAAACACUGGGAAGACAAGAUACUACAGCUGUUAAACUGUUGUGUAUUAAUUUUACACAAUACCAACAUUUGAAACCACUCUGCAAAUGCACAAAAAACCUCUCUGCUCCAGGAAUCUUUCCUGAAACAGAGAAUACAGGGAUUGGAAUGAAGGAGGGAGCUUCUUUUGAUAAUUGUACAUUUUUCAACACAUUUUUAUUUUGUAUUUCAGUUUUAACGUAUAUCUUAAUUACACUACUAUGUAUCUUACCAAAGCAUCAAUUAUAGUUAAUGCCUGUCAACACAUAACGCCUGUUGGAACAAUACAACCGCCUUGCUUUUUAGAUCAUUUCUUUGCUUUCAAGUGCAUUAACUGAAUUUAUACUUUUCCGAAACAGUUUGACAUACCUCCUGUUUCUGGAUCAGACAGAGACCUUCUUGAAUAAGUUAUGCUGAUUCAAAAACAUGUAAAACACUGAAGAGACCCUAGUGUAUUUCCAACCUUAUCAGCAUGUUGAUACUCUUUGUGGCAUGAUUAUCAUGACCUAUGCUGGCAUUCAGUUUGACCAGGCUGGUCCUUUCUCAUGUUGUGUGUGUAUGUUUAAUGUGUACAUUUUGUAUGUGUGUGCGUGUGCACAUGCAUGUAUGUGCGCAGGCUUGUGUGUUCAUUGUUUGAUAAACUUUUGUAUUAGCACUAGUUUGUAAAGUCCUAUGUGCUAGUGACUUUUAUAUGCACAAGCUGGCCACAGAGCUGUAAAAAUGUUAUUGUUUAGGUUGGAAGUUGAUAAUUGUGAUCAUUGUAAUGAAUACAUUGCAAUAGACUUUUAGAAUCACUUGAAUGUUAUUAAAUAGACCACUACAAAAAGUCUUUGACAGUUCCAGUUUCAACAGUAAAUCUGGGGCAUUAGUGUUUGCUUUUUUUUGUAGAAGCAAUUACAGGGUGCUGAUGAAGUACAACUGAACUGACUUAGAAGAGACAGUGUGUUUGGCUGUCACAUUUUUCUUAUUUUUUUAUGUCAGUAUUACUAUUUAAUUAUGUAUUUCUGUUCUAUUAUUUUAUUUUAAAAGUGCCAAUAAAUGAUAUUUGAAUUAA